AUGGACGCUGCCAUGGGCCCGCACAGCGAUCAGAGGCAGCUUUUUGAUAGCACUUGCGGUCCUCGAAUCCUCGACAUAGGUCAUGGAUCUCGUGCUCAGUAUGGCAUUGGAGCAGGCGGUGCCAGAUGGAUCUGCGGCACGUUUCCUCCCCAUCUUGUGGUCGAAGACCUCAUUGCUCGUGCCACGGGUAUGGAGGCCGCCUUGACCUAUGCGGACGCCUCUAUCGGGCUAGCUUCCACUAUCGCAGCGCUUUCACGCCCUCUGGUAGGACACACGAAGCAUUUCAUGCUGUUCGAACGAGGCGCGUCCCAAUUUGUUCGCGAUGGUCUCGCGAUGGCAUCAAAGAAGGACGCCCCUACUUUACUGGGAUAUGUCGACCUGUUUCAGCUUGUGCAACAGGUCAGAAAGCUCUAUCGAAGAAACACAAAGUUGUGUCUUACGGUAUACGUGCGCGUCGGAGAGGAUUCGGCACACCACCUGCUUUCGUCUAUUCUCGAAGAGAUUGCUGCCAUCACAGGUCCGGAGUCCGUCAUGACCAUUCUUCUCCAUUGCACCUCUCAAUACUUGGACCCAAGGCAACUCAUCUCUUUUCCCUCACGGAUGAACAUUCACGUCUUGGUUUGCGGAUCUUUCAACCGCAUUUUUGGUCUGCCCGCAGGGUUUCUUACCGGACCGCAGAGCUUGAUUCGAGAGCUUCGAUACACGAGCAGGGGUUAUAUGUUCACUACAUCUCCACCACCCUUCAUUAUGGACAUGUUACGAGGUGCCCUAGAGUGGAAUCUUGCCUCUGAUUAA